AUUUCAACAUCAUAGGAGCCCGGUAGACCGGCCGAGGAACAUACACCAUGGUGGAACCAGUCCCUGAAUUCAUCCACUUUCCCACCGAGGAGGAGCGUAUCCUUCAGUUCUGGAAUGAAAAGGACUGCUUUCAGGAGUGUCUGAAGCAGUCCAAGAACAGGCCAAGAUACACCUUCUAUGAUGGGCCUCCCUUUGCCACUGGUCUUCCCCAUUAUGGCCACAUUUUGGCAGGCACCAUCAAGGAUAUCGUCACUCGGUUUGCUCACCAGAGUGGGUUUCAUGUGGACAGGAGAUUUGGAUGGGAUUGUCACGGCUUGCCUGUGGAGUACGAGAUCGAUAAAACACUCGACAUUAAAGGGCCCGAGGAUGUUGCCAAGAUGGGAAUUGCAGAGUACAACAAGCAGUGCCGGAAAAUUGUGAUGAGGUACUCCACCGAAUGGGAGGUGUCUGUGACCAGAAUGGGACGCUGGAUUGAUUUUAAGAACGACUACAAGACUCUGUACCCCACUUUCAUGGAAAGUGUGUGGUGGGUCUUUAAGCAGCUGUAUGACAAAGGCCUGGUCUACCGAGGGGUGAAGGUCAUGCCUUUUUCUACUGCUUGCAACACCCCACUGUCCAACUUCGAGUCCCACCAAAACUAUAAGGAUGUUCAAGACCCGUCUGUCAUUGUCAACUUCCCCCUGGAAGAGGAUGAGAGUGUGUGUCUGAUCGCCUGGACCACCACCCCAUGGACCCUGCCUAGUAACCUUGCUCUGUGUGUAAACCCCGAGUUCCAGUAUGUCAAAGUCAAAGAUAACGCCACCAAGAAGGUCUACGUCAUGAUGGAGGCGCGGCUAGGGGCACUCUUCAAAUCCGAGGACGAGUACACAGUUGUGGAUAAAUUCCCUGGCAAGAUGCUGAAGGGGAAGAAAUACAAACCUCUCUUUGACUACUUCAUCAAGAGCAAGGACAACGGCGCCUUCACUGUGGUGGUGGAUAACUACGUUCGGGAGGAGGAGGGCACGGGGGUUGUCCACCAGGCCCCUUACUUUGGAGCUGACGAUUACAGGGUCUGCAUGGAUUAUGACAUCAUUCAGAAGGACUCAGCCCCCAUCUGCCCAGUAGAUGCUUCUGGAUGCUUCACGCCAGAGGUCACUGACUUCGUGGGACAGUAUGUCAAGGAUGCAGACAAGAACAUUAUCAAGUUGUUGAAGGAGAGGGGCCGCCUGGUCAACACCAGCACUUUCAAGCACAGCUACCCUUUCUGUUGGAGGUCGGACACCCCUCUCAUCUACAAGGCUGUACCCAGCUGGUUUGUUAGAGUGGAGCACAUGGUGGACAAACUGCUGGACAACAAUGGCAAAUGCUACUGGGUCCCUGAGUUUGUGAGGGAGAAGCGCUUUGGGAACUGGCUGAGGGACGCACGUGAUUGGGCGGUGUCCCGGAACCGUUACUGGGGCACCCCCAUUCCCCUGUGGGUCAGUGAUGACCUUGAGGAGGUGGUGUGCGUGGGGUCACUGGCUGAGCUGGAGGAGCUCACAGGAGUGAAAGUAACCGAUCUUCAUCGGGAAAGCAUUGACCACUUGACCAUCCCGUCCCGUUCCGGGAAGGGCGAGCUGCGCAGGGUGUCGGAGGUCUUCGACUGCUGGUUUGAGAGCGGGAGCAUGCCCUACGCCCAGGUGCAUUACCCCUUCGAAAAUCGGCGGGAGUUUGAGGACACCUUUCCGGCAGACUUCAUCGCGGAGGGUAUCGACCAGACCAGGGGAUGGUUUUACACACUGCUGGUACUGUCAACAGCCCUUUUUGGUAAACCACCAUUCAAGAACGUGAUCGUAAACGGGCUGGUCCUUGCAAGCGAUGGACAGAAGAUGAGUAAACGCAAGAAGAAUUACCCAGAUCCCAAUGUGAUAGUGAAAAACUAUGGUGCUGAUGCCCUCAGGCUGUACCUGAUCAAUUCCCCCGUGGUGCGAGCGGAGAACCUGCGCUUCAAAGAGGAGGGGGUGCGCGACGUGCUGAAGGACGUGUUCCUGCCCUGGUACAACGCCUACCGCUUCCUGGUUCAGAACGUCCAGAGGCUGCACAAGGAGGAGGAUAUUCAGUUCUUGUACAAUGAGAACACGGCCAAGGCGAGCGACAACAUCAUGGAUAAAUGGAUCCAGUCGUUCACACAGUCGCUCAUCCAGUUCUUCAAGGCUGAAAUGGACGCUUACCGGUUGUACACUGUUGUCCCAAAACUGGUCAAGUAUGUCGACAUGCUCACAAACUGGUAUGUGAGGACGAACCGCCGGCGACUGAAGGGUGAGAAUGGAAGCGAGGACUGCGUGUGGGCUCUGGAGACCCUGUUCAGUGUUCUGUUCUCCAUGUGCAGACUGAUGGCUCCCUUCACCCCGUUCAUCACGGAGAUGAUGUACCAGAACCUGAAGCACUUGAUCGACCCUGCCUCCUCAGAGAAGGACAGCGGCAGCAUCCACUACCUAAUGCUUCCACAAGUCAGAGAGUCACUGAUUGACAAGCGCAUUGAGAACGCAGUGUCUCGCAUGCAGUCGGUCAUUGAGCUGGGCCGGGUCAUUAGGGACCGAAAGACCCUCCCCGUCAAGUAUCCCCUGAAGGAGGUGGUGGUUAUCCAUCAGGACCCUGAGGCUCUGAGCGAUAUCCAGUCUUUGCAGAAAUACAUUCUGGAGGAACUGAACGUUCGCCAGCUCACUCUGUCCACAGACAAAGACAAAUACGGCAUCAGACUGAGGGCGGAGCCCGAUCACAUGGUUUUGGGCAAGCGUCUGAAGGGGGCCUUCAAGUCUGUCAUGGCGGCCAUCAAGGAGCUGAAGAGUGAGCAGCUGGAGGUCUUCCAGAAGACAGGAUCCAUUGUGGUGGAAGGACAUGAGCUUCAUGAGGAGGACCUGCGUCUGAUGUACACCUUCGAUCAGACGUCAGGAACGGCCGCGCAGUACGAGGCCCACUCAGAUGCACAGGUCCUCGUUCUGCUGGACAUCACUCCAGACCAGUCCAUGGUGGAUGAGGGUGUGGCCCGCGAAGUGAUCAAUCGUAUCCAAAAACUGCGCAAAAAGGGUCACCUGGUUCCUUCAGAUGAGAUAACGGUGUACUACAGUUCCCAGCCAGCUGGAGAGUACUUGGACAAGGUUAUCCAGGCCCAUACAGACUUCAUCCUGGCCACCAUCAAGGCUCCUCUCAGUCCCUAUCCUGUGGCCAAGAAUGCCAGUGUCAUCGUACAGGAGAAAACCCAGCUGAAGGGCUCUGAUCUGGAUCUCACCAUCAUAAAGGGGGGGUCAUCUUCCCGCACCCCUCUCUCUGGACCCUCCUGUGCCUAUGUGAAUCUCAGGGUGCAGGUGAACAAUAAACCUCAAGAGGGAGUGAUUCUGCUGGAGAAUCCGAAGGGAGACAACAAGCUGGAUGUGGACAGGCUGAAAGUGGUGUGUGCCAGUGUUUUUGGCCUUCAGAACACCAGGCUGUCUGUGUUCAAUGGGAAGACAGAGCUGACCAGGAAAAGCGACCUCAUGGCCCUGAAUGGACAGACACUGUUUGUGACCUCAGGAGGCAGUCCUACAGAAGCCCCCAGCGGGGAACCGCUGCUCUGCCCCUACGUCAAUCUGCAGCUGCUCAACGCCCAGCCAGCCGAAUGCCAGAGCGGCGAUGUGGGCACUAUGCUGCUAGCCAACCCAGUGGGUCUGAAUGGGCUGUCGCAUGCAGACCUUCUGAAAGAGACUGCCAAGCUGUUUGGACUCAGGGGCAGGAGACUCCGGUUGUACCUGGAUGAGGCCCUCAGUGAAGAGGUCACAGAAAACUCUCCUGUGAAGACAUUGAACACGAAGACGCUGUACGUUAAAGUUUUACCGACAACAGCGGAAGCUUAAGGAGUUGAUGAUUUGGGAAGAAAUGUUGCCUUGCUUGCAACUCCAUUCAAAACUUUUAAUAGGUGUUGAGAAUUCAAGUACAAAUCCUCACUGUCUGUCCUGGAUCCUUGAAUACCUGUCAUCCUACUAUUCAUUUUAUAACCUGAAAUAACUGUCUCAACAAUCCAAGAAACCAGUUCCUACUGUAGAACUUCCCACACUUCAGAUGUGGCCUGGAAGUUGUAAAGGGCUCUUUCUGUCUGUGUUCAGACUGUUGCUGUGAAGCACUUACAGAAAUGGCAACAUCUGAGUAUGAUUACAUGGAAUUGAAAUUGGGUGAAUAUGGUUAGCUUCCUCCAAGCAACUCUUGUAAACUUAACUUCUCAGAGUAACAAAGGGAAUUGCACUGUACCAUUCCACUGCUUGGGAUUUAUACUGAAGGUCUGGGGAAAGAUACCAUUACAUAUAAAGCCAAACUCAGAUGGGUUGCCAGAUGUUGUUUCCCCAGGGACACGGAAUCCAGUUCUUAAGUUGUCCUUUAGAUAGAACAGGUGUCUGUGUCUUAGGAUUCUUCCUCUGGUACCUUUGCAUAACUGAUACGUGUUCAUUCAAAAGCAACAGAAGCACACCCGUGGUGUUCUGUUCUAUGGUGGUA